CGUAUGGAUAGGAUAUGUAUAUAUGGAUACUAGUGCUGUGCAUGUUUGGUGGAUGUAUAUGGAGCUAGCCUUUAAGGAAUUAGCUAGGACACUAGGAAGAGAUUAUCAGCUGGAGAAAAAUGAGGCCCAGUCGUAACAAACCAGUUUCAUCUUUAUCCUCGAUUUUAGUGGGAUUAAUACUCGUAUUAACUUUGGCAGUAUCUUUGUUGGUAAUCUCAAGGGCUUCUUCCUCCUCCUCCUCAUCUUCGUCUUCUUCAGAGACAACAUGGAAAGUAGCUGCAGCUUCAGCUGGUGGUAGUAGUGAUAUUAAUACUACUACUACUACUUACUCUCAUGCUGCUUUAACAUCCACUCAACCACCACCACAACCUCUACUUUUUAGUUUCUCUUCACUAAAUAACCUAAAUACAGCCAACUCAUCUCCAGCUCCUGCUCCUGCCCCUCAAAUAUCAGCAGCUGAUGUGUUGCAAGAGACGAUAAUCCAGAAAGUAGAAGGAGACGUGAUUAAUACAGUGGAUAAUGAUGUUGUUGCCAAUAGAACAGUGUUCAUCAGCGGCAGCCAGCUUGAUAAAGUAGAAGCAAGUUUGGGUAGAGCACGGUCUGCCAUUAGAGAAGCUGCUAAAGUUAGGAAUAAAACAUCCACACAUCAAGACCCUGAUUAUGUUCCUCGAGGCCCUAUAUAUCAUAACCCUAACGCCUUCCACAGGAGUUACCUAGAGAUGGAGAAGGUGUUCAAGAUCUAUGUAUACGAAGAAGGAGAGGUUCCAAUAUUUCACGAAGGGCCAUGCAGGGGUAUAUAUUCAUCAGAAGGAAGGUUUAUUCAUGAGAUGGAGAAGGGCAAAUUUUAUCGUACAAAAGACCCUCACAAGGCACUUGUUUAUUUCCUUCCAUUCAGUGUGGUUACUAUGGUAGAGUAUAUCUAUAUGCCUGAAACCUUUGAUCGAAGUGGCAUGAAGCUUGCUGUGGUCGACUACAUCAAUCUCAUUUCUCACAAACAUCCGUUCUGGAACCGAAGCCACGGUGCCGAUCAUUUCAUGUUGUCCUGUCAUGAUUGGGGACCAUAUACGACAUCCUUCGUCCCUGAUUUAUUCCACAACUCCAUUAGAAUUCUAUGCAAUGCGAACACUACAGAAGGAUUUAAUCCGUCGAAAGAUGCGUCACUUCCAGAGAUUAAUCUGAAAACAUCGGAAAUGUCGGGAAUCGGCGGCCAGCCUCCAUCGAAGCGAUCCACACUAGCUUUCUUUGCAGGGGGUCUACACGGCCACAUCAGGUACCUUCUCCUAAACGAAUGGAAGGGCAAAGACCAAGACGUGUUAGUUUACGACAAACUUCCUCAGGGAGUGUCGUACGAGAACAUGCUCAAGAGCAGCAAGUUUUGCUUAUGCCCUAGCGGGUACGAAGUGGCAAGUCCAAGAGUGGUGGAAGCAAUUUAUGCACAGUGUGUGCCGGUGUUGAUUUCAGAUGGCUACGUUCCUCCAUUCAGCGAUGUUUUGAACUGGAACUCGUUUUCUGUACAAGUUCCGGUCAAGAAUAUAUCCGACAUCAAGACCAUAUUGACAGCCAUAUCGAGCAGGGAGUACCUCCGGAUGCAGAGGAAGGUGAAACAAGUGCAACGACAUUUUUUGGUGAAUGGACCCCCGAAGAGAUACGAUGUUUUCCACAUGAUUGUUCACUCCAUCUGGCUCAGACGCUUAAACAUUCGCAUUCAAGAUGUAUUCACCUAAUUGAGCUCAUCUAUUUAGCUAAUAAAAAGAAAUCCUUCAACAUGUUUUC